AAGGAAUUUUCAGACGAAGCUACCAAACGAAUACAGAUAAAGUUUCCAACCUCACCAACCCAACCACAUAUAUAUAGUUAUAAACACAGAAGCUUCACACACUACAAUACUUCUUCUCCAUCAUUUCAACCAUGGCUACCACUUAUGCUUACAGUGAAGUCUCCCCAGCAGUCCCAGCCUGGCUAAACAAAGGUGACAACGCAUGGCAGCUCACGGCAGCCACCUUGGUAGGGCUGCAGAGCAUGCCGGGCCUCAUCAUCCUCUACGCUAGCAUAGUCAAGAAGAAAUGGGCCGUCAACUCCGCCUUCAUGGCCCUCUACGCCUUCGCCGCCGUCCUCAUUUGUUGGGUGCUCGUCGGCUACCGCAUGGCCUUCGGUGACCAGCUCUUUCCAUUUUGGGGUAAAGGAGCUCCGGCCCUGGGUCAGAAGUUUCUGAUUGACCAAGCUAAUGUCCCCGAAAGCAAACAUGGAACGAACCACAUGGUAAAGCCGUUGUACCCUAUGGCGUCGCUCGUGUACUUUCAGUUCACUUUUGCCGCCAUCACGUUGAUUUUGUUAGCUGGCUCGGUUCUUGGACGCAUGAACAUUAAGGCUUGGAUGGCUUUUGUUCCACUUUGGCUGAUCUUUUCUUACACUGUUGGGGCCUUUAGUCUCUGGGGUGGAGGGUUCCUCUAUCAUUGGGGUGUCAUCGACUACUCCGGUGGCUAUGUCAUCCACCUCUCCUCCGGCAUCGCGGGCUUCACGGCGGCUUAUUGGGUUGGUCCAAGGUUGAAAAGUGAUAGGGAAAGGUUUCCCCCGAACAACGUUUUGCUUAUGCUUGCCGGUGCCGGGCUAUUAUGGAUGGGGUGGUCAGGCUUCAAUGGUGGAGCACCAUAUGCAGCAAACAUCAAUGCUUCAAUUGCGGUGUUGAACACAAACAUAUGUGCCGCAACGAGCCUGCUCGUGUGGACUUCUCUAGAUGUCAUGUUCUUCGGAAAGCCAUCGGUGAUCGGAGCCGUUCAGGGAAUGAUGACGGGACUUGUGUGCAUUACGCCAGGGGCAGGGUUAGUUCAAUCGUGGGCGGCUAUUGUGAUGGGAAUUGCUUCUGGAAGUAUUCCAUGGGUGUCCAUGAUGGUUAUUCACAAAAAGUCUUCCCUGUUCCAAAAGGUAGAUGACACUCUAGGCGCAUUUCAUACACACGCAGUGGCCGGACUCCUAGGGGGACUCCUCACCGGACUGUUCGCCGAGCCAGCUCUCUGCAGGCUCAUACUGCCAGUUGGCGAUAGCCGUGGUGCUUUCUACGGUGGAAAUGGCGGGGUGCAAUUCCUGAAACAAAUUGUGGCGGCGUUGUUUGUGAUUGCUUGGAACAUAGUCUCAACCACAAUAAUUCUCCUCGGUAUAAGAUGCUUCAUACCUUUGAGAAUGCCUGAUGAGCAGCUUCUGAUUGGAGACGAUGCAGUUCAUGGAGAAGAGGCCUAUGCUCUCUGGGGUGAUGGAGAAAAAUACGACCCAACUAAGCAUGGCUGGAAUACAUCAGUUUAUGGUGAAGAAAUGGCACCGUCUCCAUAUAUCAAUGGGGCGAGAGGUGUCACCAUUAAUUUGUAAGCAAUAUGUGAUUGCAGGUUGCUUCUUCUGCCCAUGAUCACAUACGAUAUGUGAGGUGUAACUGUGUAAGUAUAAAUUUUGGUUAUGCUGGUGAAAUGCAAUGUUGUUAUCGUGUU